GCGAUCAAAAGGACGAAGAAGUAGCCUACUUUCACACCACCCCACCUGCUCGACCCCAUUCGACUCCUCCAACUCGCAUCAUGUCGUACGCAGGCAGAUCUAACGUUUCGGACGACCUCGUCUGGGAGAUUGCCCGUGCCCAGAACUCGUUCCUGGUGAAGCGUCCCGGCUGCCAAUUCUCCCGUGACCCUCUUAACCUGGCCAACAAGCACUCGCGAAAGUAUGCCGGCUUCGCAAACUCUAAGGCCAUUGGAAUCCAUCUCACUGAGAAUGGAAACGUUUCCGUUCCCACCAAGAAGCCAGGCAUGAGCAACAAACCCGCCUCCAACGCUAUCACCAACACCUACAGUUCCACUGCUGCCAGCCGAAAAAUCUACAAGGGAGUUGCCAACACCACCGCCAAGAGCGGAUACCGCCCUGAUCUCCGUGCAGUCGCCGUCAGCCGUGCCAGCGCCCUCAGAGCCUCCCAAAAGACCAAGAAAGAGGCUCCUGCGAAGAAGCCCAGAGGUGUCAAAGCCCGGAAGGCUGCGGAGGAGUCGUCUUAGAAGGGGUUCUUUUUCUGUUUGAUGGAAUCACUUGACAGAAGUGUAUAUUUAAAAGUGAAUUUGAUUAGAAUGUUGAGUUGUUUGAAACUGAGAAGAAUUAAGGGAAAUAUAAUCAUCUUCUCACUUUCAUCAACUAUAUAAAACCCUCUUAGCAGAGAAUUAAAAGAGGGUGGGUUAUUUGAAAAA